AUGAGCUGCGAAAUGAAGGACGGCGGGUCUUAUGAUCACACGCAGGACAAUGACGAACUCUACGAUGAUCCGGUCAAGCAAGAUGAGCCAAUCACUGAUACAGGCGACGUCGGAGAUUGCAUGAUCGAUAUCAGCAGCUCCAGUCAUCAAAAGGAAACAGUAAAGAUGAAGAACGAUCUACAAGAUCCGAUAACAACCCUAGGGUCAAACAUGUUUGCGCAGAUUGCAGAGCUCUCUCAAUACAAAUUCGAGCGCGCGAAGGCUCGGCAAUGGGCGACGAGGGACAUCUGCUUCUUGGUCUAUGAUGACUCAGAUGUCAAAAUCGAUGGAUUUGACAGCGACGAUGAGGAAGCGCAACAGGAAUACGCACUACAGAUGAGCUUAGGAGACAGCGGUACCGCAGCAUCAGAAGGACCAGACAAGGCCCAGCGCUCAGAAUACGCCAACGACUCAUGGAAAGCCAAGUGCCGUGUAUGUGCAUGGUAUCCCGAAUUUCCGCAUAAAUGGAAGCCUCGAAAGUUUCGCCUGGUCAAUCCGACCGUGGAUCACCCAGCGUGGUUUGAUCGGGGCGAAAAGCACAACAUCGCAUCGAUCGAUAUAUGUAUGCAUUAUGUUGCUGUGUCAUACUGUUGGCCGCCGCGAGACGACAAGCCAAUUCCAAGAAGCUACACGGUUCGAGAUCUCGACGGGCGUGUUCGCGCUAGUCGUGCUCUUGAUGAUAUCUUGGAUCGUGCUGUCGAUUUCGCCAACUCGUGUGGCCUUCGCAUGAUCUGGAUCGACCAAGAGUGCCUUCCUCAACCGACUGAGGCCAGUGCAAAGGCAGAUUGGGACAUGCAGGAGCUUGGAAUACAGUCGAUGGACAUUGUGUACAAUAGGGCCAUGUACACGGCGGGCUUACUCGAUGUCGAAAUCACUUCACAGGAGCAGCUCGACGCAAUCCAGACUGUACUAAACGCCGAUCGGGUAAUGACACAAGGAACUAUGAGUCUUCGGUACUGUGAACAUAUCAUCCGUCUCCUUCAUGAAACCUGCCAAGACAGAUGGUACACCAGGGCGUGGGUCAUACAAGAGGCCAUUUGUGCAGGAAUGAAACUGGUACUAGCAUUUCGACACAGCCCUGGCCUAAUAUUCCCAUCAAAGUUCCGAUAUGGGUAUAAAUGUGAGGUGGAAGAUCGUCCAUACCAUUCGCUUGAUGACCAUGCGCGUGGACUUGACUCCACGCUUGCAUGUGUUUCCCUGACGGAAUUCUGGCGGAUCCUCAAGGUCAUGCGCAAUGUCCUCAUACGAGACUUUCAUACUGUAGGAUCAAUGCUUGUGAGCUCUGAGUACGCGCCAGCGGAAGCAUGGCCAGGCGCUCAAUCGGUGCUCCAAGCAGCGGAAGCUCUCCAUCCGAGAACGGUGAAAGCAAAUACACUUCAACAGGUUAUGAUGACUUAUAGCGAGGGCCAGUACGGCAAGCGACCUACGAUCAAUGCCGCAGGAGCCCUAACUCUACUGAAGCAUCGCGAAUGUUAUUUUCAGUCCGACAGACUCGCUAUAAUAGCGAACAUGUGCGACUAUGAUUUCCGGCUCGACACAAAAGCUGUUGGCAACAAUUGUCAUUCCCUACGCCUCGCUAUAUUGGCAUUAGCGUUGAACAAUGGCGACUUAUCUCUGCUUGCGCCCGAGGCAUAUCCACCACCAGAUGAAAUCUAUUCAGGUGAUGCUUACGCUGGUCAUGCAUCAAACUCGCUCUUGUUCCAGAGCUUUUUCCUGGAGGCUUCCCGGAUCGAGCACUGCCAAGUGCGCGACUUUCUCAACGUCAGGCUUCAAGGAGUCGUGCCUGGUAGCGUUACUCCGGAUGGACUACUUCUGAACGCAUAUCUGUGGUCUGUGAAUCACGAAGUUGACUUUACAAUCAUUCAAUCGACAUGGGCUGAUGCCUGGGAAUCACUAAGAUGCUGGAGAAUGUUCAUAGACCGUCAAAAGAGCGAGACAUGGGAACAAUACAAUGCACGGAAUGGGAUAAUUUUCCAAUGGUUCUCACAGCCAGGCGUAUCCGAACAAGCUUUAAAAGAUUUUCGAAAAUUCGGUCAUGUUCCAGAUGAUUCAGCUCUUUGGAAGGGCAUCGAUCAUCGCGGAGUACAAUUAAUACGAUACGUCGAUUGCUAUCGUGUGAAGCAAGUCCCAGCAAUGCAGGACCUUAUUGCCCGAAUAAUCUUCGAUAUUCUCAGAUACACCUUGAACGCGUUCGAUGAUAGAGCGUUGGCGAGGGGCCUAGCUACAAGUAUCUGGCAAUCUGUCCGAAUCGACCAAGUCCCAGGUUCAGAGGACCCACUGCCAGAUGAGGUUGGUGAUGCUCUUUUUGACCACGCUGACGUUCUGGAACGUCCAUUCGCCACUUUGCAGCUUGAAGAGACACUCGACAAAACUUUUGCGCAGUUAUGGUUUGUCGAUCGGAUCAUGGAGACGGGGAGGCUGUGGUGUGGAACAUACAUACCACCAAAUUCAAAAGACUCCGCCGCCUCGGGAGUCCAUCCCAGUCAUGAAUCUACAGCCGAGGUGAACUUGGAAGUAGGAAAGGGAUUCGAAAAAUCACCCGCAAAAGAGUCCAGGUCGAUCAUAAGGAAACAAAUUGUGCGGCAUAUGUUAUUUACACAGAUGCAAGCCACUACCGCGAUUGAAAAGCUACCUCUAAAUUGGAGGUGGCCAAUGAUUGUGCUUACCGAAGUGGCAGCAGACAGGGACUAUCAUUCCGCCUCUGGGGAAAGGCGACGCAAGGAAACCCUGCUGUCUACCUUCGACGUGGAUGGGCCAUGCCAAGUGGCUACACCAUACAAUCCAGACUGGGAGGUACUUCCGCGCCCAAAGCUUCGCAGCAUGAGAGUAUGCUGGGUCGUUGAGCAAAGAAAUCACGGUGGUGAGACGACUGUUGCAACUGUUGAGGCGAAGAAACCACUCUCAGGCACAUCGCUGGCUACGCCGCCCUCCUACCAUCCGGCCGGAGUAAAAGCAAAAGGAAAGAGUAGAGCGACUGAAUCCUUGCCAGAGGAGAAGUUCACUGAUAACGUUGAUAGUUCCGAAGCGACUGAGCGCUUCGGUAAUCAGGGUGUCAGUUUACAAGUACUUCGGAAGGUGAAAGGGUUGUGGCAGAUUAUGGAUCUUCCCUCCCAGGACUACUUGUUUAGUUAG